AUGGCAGAACACCUGAAGCAUUUACAAAUGGUGUUUGAGUUGUUGAAAGCAAACCAACUGUUGAUCAAGAAGUCAAAAUGCAGUUUCGGCCAAGACAAAGUUGAAUAUCUGGGCCAUGUCAUUUCGAAACAUGGGGUGAGUACUGAUGAGUCUAAAAUCAAAGCUAUGUUAGAUUGGACCCAGCUCAAAUCAGUCAAGGAAUUGAGAGGAUUCUUGGGCCUCACAGGCUACUAUAGAAGGUUUAUCAGAAAUUUUGCUACAAUUAGUAAGCCCUUGACUAGCCAAUUAAAAAAGGAAAAUUUCAACUGGUCCAUGGAAGCAACCCAAGCUUUUGAAGAGCUGAAGCAAGCCAUGGUCCAAGCCCCAGUAUUAGCCCUGCCAAAUUUUGCAAUACCUUUCAUUGUGGAAGUAGAUGCUAGUGGAAAGGGAAUGGGACAGUUUUAA